GCUCCUUCCUGCCCUCCCCACCUCCCCGCGGCCUGGGAAAAGGCAGCAUAUUGAGGCGCGGGGCUCUCAGCAUCAGGCCCCGGGAUGCUAAUGAGGGCGAGCGCGUUCCCACAGCCCGGACAUUGUGCCGCGCGGCCCACCUGCUCCUCGGGGAGCGACCAUUGUGCCCGCGCCAAUUCACAGGCAAUUUAGCGUGCGCUAAUGGGCCGGCGCCUUUGUGCGGCCGGCGCCGCCAUUGGCCGCUGAGUGUGGGAACGGCCGCGGCGCCCAGGCCCCAGGCGCCGAGCCGCCGCCCGCGCCUAUAUAGGGCUGGCGCGCGGGGGUCGGGGCCGCGCCAGCCCGGGACGCCUGGCUUUGCCCGUUCCGCUUCUCUCCUCUCCGCUCGCCACUCUCUUCCUGAACGCCAGGCAUGGCCCCAAGUACCGUGGCGGUAGAGAUGCUCAGUCCCAAGGAGAAAAACAGACUGCGGAAGCCGGUGGUGGAGAAGAUGCGUCGGGACCGCAUCAACAGCAGCAUAGAGCAGCUGAAGCUGCUGCUGGAGCAGGAGUUCGCGCGGCACCAGCCCAACUCCAAGUUGGAGAAGGCCGACAUCCUGGAGAUGGCUGUCAGCUACCUGAAGCACAGCAAAGCCUUCGCCGCAGCUGCCGGCCCCAAGAGCCUGCACCAGGACUACAGCGAGGGCUACUCGUGGUGUCUGCAAGAGGCCGUGCAGUUCCUGACCCUGCAUGCCGCCAGCGACACGCAGAUGAAGCUGCUGUACCACUUCCAGCGGCCCCCUGCGCCCACCGCACCUACCAAGGAGCCCCCGGCGCCGGGCACUGCCCAGCACCCCUCACGCUCCCCGGCUAAGGCCUCUGCCGCCGUCGCCACCUCUCGACAACCCGCCUGUGGCCUCUGGCGGCCCUGGUGACCCCGCGGCCAAAGGAUGCCUGGAGCGAACCAGAGGACAGCCGGUUCCUCUCGUUCCUCUCCGUGUAGGGAAGACUUUCUCCAGUGGCAGUUCAGCCCCAGGUUGACCGCAACCUUCUUCCGAAGGCUCCCUCCCCAGGCUGGCUGGCCAGCAGGAGAGUCAUUCUUAGAGAAUGUUGUGCAGAGUUUUCAUUUGGGGAUAAUCAGGGUCCACCUUCUGCCGUGUGUCCGACCCCAUGGGGUUGUUUUGCGUUUGCAUUUCAGCAAGUGACUUCUGGGAAGUUCCCGGUCACCGGGGGUUCUAUGAUAUUUGUAGAGUCAGGGGUUGGUUUACCGGUGCCCCAGCCUGUAGAGGA